AACACGGGAACAGUUCCAAUUUGAAUUUUCAUCAGUCUAGUCGGAAAAUCGGAAAAGCCAGAGAGUACACAUUAAGUUCUCUGAGUGGUUAAGUCGGAAUAUUUUCGUAUAGUUCUCGUCGUGACAUUUGUUCUUUAAUUCAAAAACGCAAACUGAAACCUAGGCGAUAGUACCGAAAACGCAUAUUUUGAACCAAACCAAAUUAAACCAAACCCUACAAACUAAACCAAUAAUUCCGAUUCGCUUUAAAACACAACAAGUUUAACCAAAUCCGCUUCGAAAACGCAAAAGUUAUACACUUGUUUAUUCACAACCCGCAAUUGUUGAAAGCAAAGCUGUUAAAUCUAACGAGCAGAACGCUUAGAGGGCGCACAUAGCGAUAGAAGAGUAGACGGGCGUGUUUAAAUACUGGAAAAUAAAGAUAAGAUAAAUUAUUAUAAACACUAAACAUACACAGCCUCGUUUAUAGCAGCAACGUAUACAAAAAGCAGAAAGCACAGAAUCAAAACACUCGAACCAAUAGCCACCACGAGAGACUACGAAUUCAAGUGAAAAUUUCGAAUCAAAACUCAAAAAGUGCAAAAAGUAUUUAUUGAAGAACCAAGACAAAAGCCUAUACAAAGCAGUCGUAAACAGAAACCGAAAAGGAGAAUCGCUUUCGCAGGAAGUUAACCAAACGCUUCCCAGAGAAUCGGUGAAAAUCGCUAACCAUUUUUUCUCGCAAAGGCGCCACGUCGAAGAGCAAAGCGUUCCAUAUGGUUCAUAUUAUCGAACUGGUCGGCCAACCGAAGGUUGAGUUUGCUCAACAAGUUACUGUAAGUUGCCAUCAUCCAUUAAUACCACCAGCCAUCAAAUUAAUGAACCGUGCUUUACAGCUGAAGCCAGCGGAAAAUGAAAGUCGCAGCGAGCAUCUAGAUCGCAAGCUGUUCGUUGGCAUGUUGAGCAAACAACAAACCGAAGACGAUGUUAGACAAAUCUUCCAUCCGUUCGGCACAAUAGAGGAGUGCACCAUUCUGCGCGGCCCGGACGGAGCUAGCAAAGGCUGUGCUUUCGUCAAAUUCGGUUCGCAGCAGGAAGCCCAGUCGGCCAUAACCAAUCUACACGGAAGCCAAACUAUGCCGGGAGCAUCCUCCAGCCUGGUCGUCAAAUACGCCGACACGGAAAAGGAGCGACAAAUAAGGCGCAUGCAGCAAAUGGCCGGUCACAUGAACCUGCUGAAUCCGUUCGUCUUUAAUCAGUUCAGUCCGUACGGGGCCUACGCUCAGCAACAGCAACAGGCCGCUCUGAUGGCCGCCGCUGCCACAGCGCCCGGCUCGGCAGCCGCCUACAUGAACCCCAUGGCGGCGUUGGCAACGCAAAUACCUCAUGGCCUCAACGGCACCGGGCAGCCACCAUCCCUCCCCUCGCCCACCAUGCCCAACUUCAACAUGGGCGCCAACACGCCCAACGGGCAGCCCGGUGGCGCUGCCGCCGCUGCAGCUGCAGCCGCCGCGGCGGACGGCGUUUUCACGAACGGCAUUCCACAAACGGCAUUCCCAGGACACCCACUCCAUCUGACUAUACCGCCACAAGGUUUACCAAAUGGCGAUGCUGCUGCCCUGCAACACGCCUUCCCUGGCCUGCCACCGUUUCCAGGAGUUGCCUUUCCCGCCGUCUAUGGACAGUUUCCACAAGCUUUACCACCUCCCCUAGCGGCGGUUGCACCCACUCAGCGUGAAGAUUUUCUGAUGUUCCCAGGAUGUUCGAUAUCCGGACCCGAGGGCUGCAACCUCUUCAUCUACCAUUUGCCCCAAGAGUUUGGCGACGCCGAGUUAAUGCAAAUGUUCCUGCCUUUUGGCAAUGUGAUCAGCUCCAAGGUCUUCAUUGAUCGUGCUACAAACCAGAGCAAAUGUUUCGGUUUUGUUUCAUUUGAUAAUCCCGCCAGCGCUCAAGCGGCCAUUCAGGCCAUGAAUGGCUUCCAGAUUGGCAUGAAAAGACUGAAAGUUCAAUUGAAGCGGCCAAAGGAUGCCAGCCGACCCUAUUAACAAUCGGAGUUCCUCAAACGCAAUUCACAACAACUACAACAUCAAACUGGGGCAACAACAUCAGCAGCCGGCUACUCAGAAUCAACAGCUUUGCCACAUCCUCCGACCUUUUCCGUUGCAACUUCAAUAUCAGCCGCCUCCGAAACUUCAACUACGGCGCCCGCAGCCCACGAAUCUCGAUCCAUGCCUGCAACACCAGCAGUGCCGCACUUCAACAACCAGAGCGGCUUCAUGCCACCGAUAACCACCAACAGCACUACGAACCAUGCGAUUCCCUACACAUUCGCCAGCUGGCGCAAUGGCACCUACUGCUACCGCUACAGCAGUAACUCCAACACUAGCAGCACAGGCAACGGCAACAACAACAUCAGCAAUCACAACAUCGAGGGCUGUGGCGACAACCACCACAACAUGAGCAACA